CGAAAGAAAGACGGCGCUGCUCAAAGGAAGGAGUGUUGACUCGCCAUUUGAAUGCAAAGUAGAGGAAGAAUAAGUGAGCCCUGUGCGUGUGUGAAAGAAAGAGAGAGGGCUGGCCAAUGGAGAGGGACACAUGUCUACGGUACAUUAGUCCCAGCUCUACAAUGCCACCAACCAGGACUCACAGCCGAUAGUUCGAUGGAGCUUAUAGCACGAUGGCGGGGGAUGAUACUCUUAUUUAAGUAAUAGUUGCCUACUUUCUUCAGUGUGCAGGAAGAGACGUUAAAGUGGUGCUUUGGCCAAUGGGCCCCUCCAUCCGUACCGUCCUACAGAAGCAUGUCACGUCGGAAACAGAAACGACCACAGCCGUUUAUGAGCUUGACCCUUGAGGCAUGUCGGAUACUUGAGAACGAUGUCAAGUUUGCAUUGAAGCCACUCUCCUAUCGACCAAUCCAGGAGUCUGCCUUAAGAUCGGACCAGAUUUCCCUGCCUACCUGCUCUUCUUCGACGGGCCAACAGACCUGCAGUAUUGAGGAAACACCACUGUCCUACUCUCUGUACCAGACAUAUCACCACUGCCUGAAAGGCCAACGCACGUCCCUCUUCAUCGAGCAGAAAACUUCCCCGCCUCCCUCUCAUUCUCAAUAUCUAUCUUCUCAAAUAUUGUCUCCACUGUCGACCUCAAGUGUCCUUGAACACCCACCUCAGAGAGCACGCAUGGCUUCUCCCAAAUUAGGAUUGUCAGCUACCACCUCAUCCCCGUCGUCUUCCUCUGCCUCCCUAUGCCCCCCACCACAUCCGGGAAGUCCCAGUCGCGUGCCGGAAGGUCCUCCUAGUCCUGUAACGCCUACCCCUAGUCCAGAAUUGUCUUCAUCUUCCGCUGCUCCUACUAGAUCGCAGCUGAGUAUAGCUUUGAUCCUGGAGGAGUUGCGAGUACUGCAACAAAGGCAAAUCCAUCAGAUGCAGAUAACGGAAGAGAUUUGUAGGCAAGUGCUGCGUCUGGGUGGAGCCUCCUACUCCAUUGACCCACCGUCCCAACAUCUUUUUCCCGUCUUGCCACAGCUCUGUUUAGAAGAUAAUAAAAGGGAAGGGAGCCCAACCCUGCAGACCUCUGACUUCCUUCCACCUACCUCAGUAGCCCCUCUUCUGGCAUGCUUUCCCUCGUUGAUUUCCUCUCAAGAAUCCGUCAAACCUUCAAAGACAAAUAGCUCAUUGUCACAAAUACUGCAGCCACACAAAGUGCAGCCGGAAUCAUCAGGAGGGACAGCGCAGUCCCAGGGCUUUGCCAAUCCUCAGUUAUCAGCAUCUUCCAAUUCGGCAUCAGCUUCCUCUUCAAACCCUCUCUCCCUUACUUUGGCCUCUCCUAACCGAUAUCUCCAUGAAAAAUCGCCCAACACCUCUUCACUGGGGGGCUACAGUGGCCACUCCUUCAGAAACACACCCCACUCAGCCUCCCAAAAUCCCCUUCAGUCCGCCUCUGGAGGAGACUUCUUUGCUACAUCUGCGUCCAGCGGACCAGGCCGCCUUCAGCAUGGCUGUCGCUUCUGUGGGAAAAUGUUCAGCAGCGACUCUGCUUUGCAAAUACAUUUACGGUCACACACUGGAGAGCGGCCGUACCAGUGUCCAGUGUGCUUGAGCCGUUUUACCACCCGGGGAAAUCUAAAGGUACAUUUUUUGCGGCAUCGUGAACAAAACCCGGAGCUCUCCAUGUCACUCUUGCCUCCAUCUUUGUUUGGCAUGGGACUGGGAGCGAUUGGUGGAUCGGACAUGGGGCAAAGCAUGUCCAACGGCGGCAGCUCAAAUGGACUGAACAUGAUUCAGAAGAAAAGAAAAAUAGGUCCUGAGGAAGAACUGUUUGGUGAUCAGCUGGAAGUCAGUGGGUCCAGUACUGGAUUCUCUUCAAGGACAUCUGGAGUGACGACACCCUCUUCGCUGCCACUUCCUCCCAGUGUAGAUCUGGCUUUGAUUUCCCAUUCUCUGUUACAGCUCAACAGAGCUGCAGCAGUGGCCGCUGCGGCUUCUAUUGCAUCUGGCUCCUCAAGCUCCGCCUCCUCAGCUGGUACAUCGUCCUUGACCACCUCUCUCCUAUCAAACCCCUCCCUGUCUUCAUCUUCCACCAUCGCGGGGUUAAUCAAAGGUGCCAAACAGAAUCAUUUCGAUGAAAACACCCCUCCUCCUGUCUCAAUACUCUCCCCAGCGGCGUACUCACAGCUUGCUCAAUUACCCAAACUUCUUUUCCCCUCGGGGUCUUCUUCUACAACUACGGCGGCACAUUCUGCCCUUUUCAAUCAUCCAGCUUUGGGAAUGCUACGCGCCCCACAAUCCACGUCCGCCAGCACCCACCAACUGACCCCCUCCAGUGCUUUCCCUUUCACUUCCUUCACCAAGGCGGCGGGUAUGACCUCUGUGUCAUGCUCCCAACCCUCAUCCACACCCACCUCUACCCCUACCUCCGAAACAUUUAAGUUACAGAGGCUGGUGGAAAAGUUAGAGAAAGCCCCUCCCCACACCGUGCCCCAAUGGGCAUCCUCGAAUUCCUCCUCUAUUCUUGAUGUGUUAUGUGGUGGUUCCUCAACCUCAUCGGCAGCUUUGGCCAACACAUGCUUCACAAACACUAGUACAUCUGCCACAUAUGUCAUGGCAUCUUCACCAUCUUCAAAUUUGGUCACCUCAUCCGUCUCAAACCUCACACAGGAGAUGAUAGCAGCCCUUGGCUUGGCUUCUAACAUACCUGCUGCCAUGUUAGGUGGAAUGCCACAGUCUGCCCGUAAUGCCACCCCAGCUGGAAAUUUAACAGGAAAUCAGUGUGGGGUCUGUCUCCGAGUCCUGAGCUGUCCCAGAGCCCUGCGCCUGCACCAAGCCACGCACCUUGGAGAACGCCCUUUCCCUUGCAAGAUUUGUGGACGAUCCUUCUCAACGAAAGGCAGUCUUCGUUCGCAUUUGGCCACCCAUCACACCCGACCAGCCAAUGCCCGUGCUCAGAACUCUUGCCCGCUAUGUCAGCGGAAAUUCACCAACGCACUGGUACUUCAGCACCACAUCCGCAUGCAUCUGGGAGGGCAGCUACCCCCGGAUGGCACAGAUGACUCCACUCAAGAUAUUUCAGGCGACCUGACUGACAAUUCAGUGUCCCAUUCACAAGUCACCGAGGAGGCCUCUGGUAAGACACCUCCACAAGAUGAGCCUUCUCUUGAAAACGCUUCACAAGCUCAACCUCCAGAAACCAAUUCAGCUACUCUUCAAGAAAGUUUAAAAUCAGAUUGCGCGCAGAAUUCUGACAAAAGCAGGUCCUCAAGUCCGGACAUCGUUCCCCCUGCUGAUCUAAGCCCUGACCCGUUCAUGAAUCUCUCCAUGCAAACUCCUCCUCCAGCCAGUGAAGAGCCUCCUGUCCUUUGCGUCAGUGCCCCACUAGCAGAUGAGGCGAUCAGCAAAGAUACACAAAGUGAAAAGCUGAGCACAUCUGAAGACAUCCUGGCUGCAGACUGUAAAGAAAUACCUUCCUGUGAUACAUUUCUCAGCCCUUCUUCAAGCAAAGAUCAUUUACAAAGCACACCGCCCACCAGUGCUUCUUAUGUCUCCUCCGGUUCCUCCAAGCCAAACCACCACAACGAUGAGGCAUCUGAAACACCAGCCUUACCAAACCUUACAUCAGUCGAGUCAACGGAACAUGACAAGGAUUCUGUUUGUGGGCCAAGUGACCCAAAACAAAAGGAAGAAUCUGGAUCUCUUGAAACUCAAAAACGUUCCUCAGCUGUGGAGACAGAAGAAAGUCCCGAAAAAAAACCCUCAGCAGCUAGAUCCGCAAACGUGAGGGAGACGCGCCAGAGCUUUCACUUCGCUGCAUAUGGGAGAGACGACCAAGCAGAAGGGGUAAAGAUUAGUGGAUCUGUUCCAAGUCAAGUGCUGGAUGAGUCUGCUCCCAUCAGUCUAGCCCCAACGCUCCCAUCUCCAAUGUCACGUCCUGAGAAGAAGACUUACUGCUGUGCUGAAUGUGGGAAAGAGUAUGCCAGCCGCAGCGGACUCAAGGGCCAUAUGAAGCAUCACAGUGCCUCUGUGAAAACCUCCCGCCCAGCUGUCCGCAGCAGUCGUUCCACGUCUGACCAGCGUCCUUCUUCUUUAAACUCCUCAAGCCUCCCAGCCACCAGAAGUUCGACAGGAUUCUGGAACCAAUACCAAGCUUUCCUCAACGCCGGCGCUGAGUCCACAGAUGACUUGAAGUCUGGCAGCCAAGCAGACGACAAGUCAAUGGCAAGAUCCCUGGACGCCGAUCUGUCGGCGCAAGUUGGGGACGACUCCCUGGCGCAGUCUUAACGCCACUCACAAGUACUAUUACUGUACACAUCGAGGUGAUCCCACUCAGUUUUGCUGGCCUAACACAUGAUAAGUAGUUUGAUCUUCAGAGCUUCUUGUUUGUCUGUGAAAGUCGUGAUUUCAUCUGCCCAGUCUUGUAAUGUUCAGAUAUAAAAUACAACUAGAAAAUAAACUGUAGCAUAUGAAGUACAGUAACUACUGUGAAACUAAAGUUUCAUUAUUUGUGCACUUUUAAAUGAAGAAAAAGAUUAUUAACGUGAUAUUGAGUGAAGUCAUGAAUAAAAAAAAAAAGAAUGUUCUUCUAAUCAUAUUGGACGUCUAUGUUUGUCCCUCAGUUUGUGGUACCGAUCCAACACCUUCUCAUUUUGUUUUGGAGCUGAAGCUUCGAUGUCUUCAGUCUGCAGAGUGAUGCCAUUUACUGUGGUGAUUAUUCUGAAUGUCGUCUGGUCCAGAAGUGUGUAACAUGCUUUCAUUUUCCCACUUAAAAAAACAUACUAUGUCUGUUGUAUUGUGUGCGCUUUUGCUAUCAAUGUAUUAAAUUCUUUUGUCUGUUU